UCAAAUUUAAGUCUCAUAAAUACAAGCAUAGCAAAAAAAAAAUGGAUUCUCGUAUCCAAUAUUUUCUUGUGCUUUUUAUGAUAACUUUCGCAACAAUUCUAAGUCCUACCGUUGCAAAAUUGAGUUCAAAUUAUUAUAACAAAGUUUGUCCUCAAGCAUUGCAAAUCGUAGAGUCAAUUGUUAAACAAGCAAUUAUUCAUGAACCACGUAUGGGAGCAUCAUUGCUACGUUUGCAUUUCCAUGAUUGUUUUGUUAACGGGUGUGAUGGAUCAGUUCUACUAGAUGACACUCCUAACUUUGUGGGUGAGAAGAGUGCAUUACCAAAUAUAAAUUCCCUUAGAGGUUUUGAGGUUGUUGAUCAAAUUAAAGCCACUCUUGACAUUUCUUGCAAAGGUCAUGUUGUUUCAUGUGCUGAUAUCUUAGCUAUAGCAGCUCGUGAUUCCAUAGCCAUAUUGGGUGGUUAUACAUAUUGGUAUGAAGUAUUAUUAGGAAGAAGAGAUGCAAGAAAUGCAAGUAGGGAUGCAGCAAACAUAAAUCUUCCAGCUCCAUUUUUAAACCUCACACAACUCAUCACAAGUUUUAAGUCACAUGGCUUGAACCUUCGUGACCUAGUUGUCCUAUCUGGUGCCCACACAAUUGGAUUUGCAAAAUGUAGUUCAUUUAGGGACAGGAUUUACAAUGACACAAACAUAGACUACAAUUUUGCUUCCAAUUUACGCAACUCGUGCCCUCGAAUCGGCGGCGACGACAACUUAGCACCAUUGGACGCUACUCCUAAAAAAGUUGACACAAUAUAUUAUAAGAGUUUGUUGUACAAAAAGGGUCUCCUUCAUUCUGAUCAAGAGCUUUUUAAAGGUGAUGGUUCUCAAAGUGAUGCAUUGGUGAAACUAUAUAGUAAAAAUUCUUAUGCUUUUGCCAAAGAUUUUGGAGUUUCUAUGAUUAAGAUGGGUAAUUUGAAGCCUCUAACCGGGAAAAAGGGUGAGAUAAGGUGUAAUUGUAGAAAAGUCAACUAAUGAAUAUUACAAUGAUGGAUCAUGGAUGCAUGGAUCAUAUAUAUAACAUAA